UGCCGAGUCUCAGAGAUGGGGUACGGCACUGGAGAGGCUGUUUUCCCCAUCUGUUGCCUUCCUGCAGAAUCCCAAAGAGCCACGAGGAGCUGCUGCUACCUUCCACGGCUUGCCGUGCCAAGACUAACGUCAUGUUCCUCAAGACCCACAAGACGGCCAGCAGCACCGUCCUGAACAUCAUGUUCAGGUUCGCGGAGAGGUACAACCUCACCGUCGCCCUCCCAGCCGGCCAGCUCGUCCACCUGGGCUACCCGAAUACUUUCGUGGCCAGCUUCGUGGAGGAAUUUCAAGCCGUAGGACAAAACUACAACAUCAUGUGCAACCACCUGCGGUUUAACCCCUCGGAGGUGCAAAAGGUGAUGGCAGCAAACACCUUCUACUUCACCAUCCUGAGGAACCCCAUUCAUCUGCUGGAGUCUUCCUACGUCUACUACAAGAGCAGUGUCCCUGCCUUCAGGACCUCCAAGGAUGUGAACGAGUACCUGGCAUCACCCACGAAGUAUUACCGUCCGGCAGAUUACAAGCAAAACAUCUACGCCAGGAAUAUCAUGUGGUUUGACUUGGGCUAUGAUAACAAUGCAGAGGACGACAAAAAGUACAUCCAGUCGGUCUUGAAGGAGAUUGAACAGAACUUCCACCUGAUCUUGAUAGCAGACUACUUUGAUGAGUCCAUGAUCCUCUUGAAGCACAGUUUGUGCUGGGAUCUGGAUGAUGUGAUUUACUUUAAGCUCAAUACCAGAAGUCAGGACACUGUCCAGACCUUGACUCCGGAAAGCGAGGAGCAGAUAAAAGUGUGGUGCUCGCUGGACUGGAAGCUCUACCUGCACUUCAACCAGAGCUUCUGGAGGAAAAUUGAGGAGACCAUAGGACUCGAGGAGCUGGAGAAGGAGGUGAAUCACCUGCGAACGAGACAGAAGGAGCUCAUGGAGACCUGUCUCUUGGACCAGGAGGCAGUGGAGAAGGAUCACAUCAAGGACAAAGCUCUCCUGCCUUUCCAGUCAGGGGCUGCAAAUAUCCUUGGGUACAACCUCAAACAAGGCUUAGACAACAGGACUCUCAGAACCUGCCAGCAAAUGGUUAUGCCAGAGCUCCAGUACACGUCCUAUCUUUACGCUGUUCAACACCCGCACAAGAAGAGGAAGCAGUUAGGCUUGCCCUUGCUGUGGACCACCACCCGGGAGAAGACGCAGACCCCAGCUCCCAGCUAGGGCACACGACAACCCGCUGCAGUUUCCCGCCGCUUUGCAUCGCCCCGUGCCUGGCACGCGACUGGCCCACGGGGCUCUUGCGCGUGUCGGGGAGGCGGGGGCUUUGUUCGGGGCCACCGAGCUAGUGGUGGGUCCCUUGUUGGGGACCUUGAGCCAAAGGCUCUGCGUUGGCCGGAUCCUGCGUGAUCCCUCCUCCCCGCUCCCAGGCAGGGGGACAGCCCGCUGCUGCUGAGCGCUGGGCAGGCUUUCAGCUGGCUUAGACGUUCCUGCCUCUUAAUCAUUAAUCAUGGG